AGCAUCUCCUCAGUAGACUGGAUAACUGUGAAAAAAGGACAGACCCUCAUCAUCCCAUGUCACUACAGUCCAGCAUAUAGAUAUGAUAUGAAGAUCUUUUAUGAUGUUUGGGAUGAUUGGCGUGUUAUUGUGAACAGUCGACACUGGCCUCAGUUACAGAAAGUUACAAUGUCAGACUACCCAGACCAAACCAUCUUUACUGUCACAAUGAGGAAUGUAACAGAGAGGGAUGAGGGCUCGUACCAAUUUAAUAUUGAAGGAAGCUGGUGGUAUGAAAACAAAUAUGUCUACAUAUCAGUCCAAGAUUCUCCAACACUCUAUGUUCAUAAUCAAGUUGAGACCGGAUAUGUGGGGGGGAGCGUCACAAUAAAUUGCUACUACAAGAUCGAUGGAUGGAAGAAAUGGUGUCGGAUUGGUGGCCGCUGUGCCUAUUGGAGUUAUGGAUAUAUAGAUGGAAUGGGUGUAUCCAUGAGUGCUGAUGUGGAUAACGGAGUGUUUAAGGUGAUUAUGAGAGGUCUACAACUGAAGCACACUGGCUGGUACUACUGCUCUGUGGGAGACCUACAGAUGCCUGUGCGCAUCACUGUCAAACAGAAACAGAAGACAACUACUCAAAGGACAAUAACACAACAGCCUGCAAUCAACACAACCACCAUCAGGACAACCAGCACAGUUGUUGAUUUAUCUUCCAUAUCAACCUCAAACAAGACCCAUACUCAAAAUGGGCUCAGCCUGACUCUGCUGCUGGGGCUGCUGGGGCUGCUGCUGCUGGUGGUCAUCUGUGGAGGACUGACUCUCAUCAGGCUGAAAAAACGGAGACGUGCUACAGGCCCUGAUGAAGCUGUUUUUGAGAGAAAGGGUUCAGCAGCUUUGCAAAAUUCCCAGGAGGACCCUGAAGUCACUUAUAGCAUGAUAGCUAUGACUAAUUCAAAGAAUGCAGCUGAUGACAGCCAUGGUGAUGUCACCUACAGCACCGUGGUCACACACAAUAGAGGCCUGAGAAAAUCCCUUAGAUACCAAGUUGCAGAUGUCAUCUACAGUGAAGUGGCAACAAAGUGAAGCCAGAUGGAAGCAUAUUGAUUCUUUAGGACUCACAAGGAUUACAGUUUUUUUCUGAAGCACAUUUUUUGUAACUAUUGCCUAUUUUUGCAACUAACAUUGUAGUUCUCUUGCAAAAGAGAACACACCUGGCUUAACUCACACCUUCGUAAUAUCACGGAGACCAAAAAAAUGGUCUCAGUGAUGCCUGGUCAA